AUGGACGUUCCGGGCUUCGCUUUGAUAACUGGAGCCGCAUCCGGGAUCGGUAGAGCAUGCGCGAAGACCUUCGCAAAGGACGGCGUCGCUGGUCUGGCACUGCUAGAUCUCAACCACGAUGCGUUGAUGGCCGUCAAGGCCGAGGUGGAAGCCACGAAGAAUCGCCAAUCUGACAUCCCCUGCCAAGUCGAUGUGUACGUGGUGGACGUGACGAAUGAAGACCAGGUCAACCAGGUGGUCAACGACGUAGCGACGAAGUUCGGCCGUCUCGACUACGUGGUCAACGCUGCUGGGAUCGCUAUGAAACACCCAGGCGGCGCUGCGUUUGCCGAGACUCAGGAUUGGAAGCGCAUCCUGGACGUCAACCUUACCGGUACAUUCUUCGUCUUGAGGGCAGCGGCCAGGGUCAUGCUGAAGCAGGAGCCCAUCCUCUCCAGCAUCGACGGGCGACCCUUACAACGUGGCUCCAUCGUCACUUUCGGAUCAAUUCAGGCAGCGGUCGGAAUCCCCCUGUCAACGGCCUACACGGCUGCAAAACACGGAGUCGUCGGCCUGACCAAGACGGCGUCGGAGGAUUAUGCCAAAGACGGACUGCGGAUCAAUGCCAUCUGUCCGGGCUGUACGGAGACGCCAAUGACGACAAAGUCGCCGCUGGUCUUACAAGCAAUGAUGGAGCGCGUCAAUACUGCUGUGCCCAUGCAGAGGAUGGGCAAUCCCAACGAGAUUGCAGAUGGGGUGGUGUACCUGUCCGGGGGAUGCAAUUCUUUCGUCACUGGAACAACGCUUUUCGUGGAUGGCGGCUAUACCGAGCGUCUCAUAGCCUUCAAUGGGUUGCUUCUCCACUUCUUUCGGCUCCUGCACGUGCGUCGAAGCGGUGAGUGA